AUGGAGGCAGCGCCGGGCCGGGGCCGCGGCUCCCUCGGGCUCCGCUGGGCGCUGCUCGUGGCCGCGCUGGCGGCGGGUUCCUGCCGCGGGAAUUCCGUGGAGAGGAAGAUCUACAUCCCCCUGAACAGGACGGCCCCGUGCGUGCGGCUCCUCAACGCCACACACCAGAUCGGCUGCCAGUCCUCCAUCAGCGGGGACACGGGGGUGAUCCACGUGGUGGAGAAGGAGGAGGAUCUGCAGUGGGUCCUGGCCGAUGGUCCUCACCCACCCUACAUGAUCCUGCUGGAUGGGAAUCUCUUCAACAGGAAGGUGUUGCUGCAGCUCAAGGGAACCUCCCGGGUGUCCGGCCUUGCUGUGGCCGCUGCCAGACCCAGCCCUGCCCAGGGCUUCUCCCCUGGCCUGAAGUGCCCCAACGAUGGGUUUGGUGUGUAUUCCGAGGAUUACGGCCCCGAGUUCGCCCACUGCAACACCACCGUGUGGAACCCCCUGGGCAGUGGCAUCUCCUACGAGGACUUCGACUUCCCCAUUUUCCUUCUGGAAGAUGCCAACGAGACCCAAGUCAUCAAACAGUGUUACCUGGAUCACAACGUGCCCAGGGAUGGCUCUGCCCCCCAGUACCCCCUGUGUGCCAUGCAGCUCUUCUCCCACAUGCACGCCGUGACCAGCACCGUGACCUGCAUGAGGCGCAGCUCCCUCCAGAGCACCUUCAGCAUCAACCCAGAGAUCGUGUGUGACCCUCUCCUCGACUACAACGUGUGGAGCACUUUGCAACCCAUCAAUUCCUCUGGAAAAGUGGAUCCUGAGAAGGAAGUCAUCAUGGUCGCCACACGAAUUGACAGCCACUCCUUCUUCUGGAACAUCGCCCCCGGGGCCGAGGGCGCCGUGUCCUCCUUCGUCACCCACUUGGCCGCGGCCGAAGCCCUUCACAAAGCCCCCGACGUCCCUCUGCUCCCCAGGAACGUCAUGUUCACCUUCUUCCAAGGGGAGACCUUUGACUACAUUGGCAGCUCCAGGAUGGUCUAUGACAUGGAGCAGGACAAGUUCCCUCUGCGCUUGGACAACAUCCACUCCUUCGUGGAGCUCAGUCAGGUGGCUCUCAGGAAUGGCUCCAUCCUCUGGAUGCACACGGACCCCGUCUCCCGGAUGAACCAGUCCGUGGACGCGCAGGUCAGGAACCUGCUGGCCACCCUGAGCAGGAGCAGCGCGGGCUCGGCCGUGACCCUGCAGGAAGCCGGAUUUUCCCAGCCCCUCCCUCCAUCCUCCUUCCAGCGCUUCCUCCGGGCUCGCCACAUCCCUGGGGUGGUCCUGACUGACCACAGGACAGCCUUCCAGAACAGAUACUACCAGAGCAUGUAUGACACUCCAGAGAACAUUGGGAUGCAGUAUCCCGAGGGGCUGAGCCCUGAGGAGACCUUGGAAUACGUCACGGACACAGCCAAGGCCCUGGCAGAAGUGGCCACCGUGGUGGCCCGAGCCCUUUAUGGCCUGGCUGGAGGAACCAACAGCACCUCUGCCAUCCAGGCCGAUCCCAAAACGGUCACCCGGAUGCUUUACGGCUUCCUGAUCAAAAUGAACAAUUCCUGGUUUCAAUCCAUCAUCAAACCAGACCUCAAAGGAAUUCUGGGGGAUGUUCCCCAGCAUUAUGUGGCAGUUUCCAGCCCUGUGAACACGACCUACCUGGUGCAGUUUGUCCUGGCCAACCUGACGGGCACGGUGGUGAACCUCACCAAGGAGGAGUGUCUGAGCCCCGAGAAGAACCCCCACACUGAGAGGGAGGUGAUGUCACUGUCAGAUGCUGUCCCACCCCAUCAGGUGAUGUCCCCCCAUCAGAUCCUCACCCUGCUGCUGGGAAUCUCCAUCCUGGUCCUGUCCCUGCUCACCACCUACUUCAUCAACGCCAAGGCCGACGUGCUCUUCAGCCUCCCGCGGGAUCCCGGGGCCGUGGCCUACUGAGCCUGCUCUGGGGCUGGAAAACUCCUGGAUUGCAGCUGCCAGGGCUGAGCCAGCGCUGGGAUGGCCCUCCCUCUGCAGAAGGUUCCCUCCAGAACCUUCCACGUGUUCCAAGGGCUGAGCCCUGAGAGACUUUCCCCAGGAAAAGGCACCGACCGAGCCCCGAAGGAACUUCGGGACAGAUUCCCAGAGUUUGUUUGAUUUGUCCUCGGAGCAGCCUGAGGAUGGUCCUGGAUGCUGCUGGGAGCACCCUGGGAUGGAUUUCUUCCCUGAAUCGAGCCAAGGGUGGGAAGGAUGAAGGUGUUUCCUCCUGGAGCAGUGGAAUUCCGAGGUGUCCAGCAGCCCCAGGGUGUCCCCCGGGAGCUGUGGAAGGUCCAUCCCAAGGUGUCCUCAGCAGGUGAUCAGAUGUAAAACAACCCUUUUUUUUCUUAAUGGUGCAAUAUUUUCUGGGCUUUGUACAUAUAUAAAUAGUUCCCUUUAAUUAAAAAACGGCCACUUCCAAAUGAA